UAUAAAGCAUGCAUUUACAUUUGUGAGCAUUUGUGUAAAAUGGCGUCUCAGAAAACAAUACACGUCCCAAUAUUUACAAACGUAGAUCGGGAUGUAUUUCUGCAAGAUAUUUAUCCAGGGCAUAAACCAGCCGUGCUGAGGGGUGUGUAUCUGGGGCCAUGUGUGGACAAAUGGACUGUCGAGUAUCUUGGACAAAAGGGUGGAGAAAAGGAGGUGAAGAUACAUGUUUCCACAGUGCCACAGAUGAAUUUCCUGCAGAAAAACUUUGUGUACAGAAACAUUUCAAAACUCACAAUGCUUCAUGUUGACAGGACGCUUCCAUUCAAUGAAUUUGUGAAAAGGACAUCUGAGAAGAAACACUCAGACUUCUUCCUGUGUGAGGACGAGAGUUAUUACCUUCGAUCUUUGGGAGAAGAUGCUCGAAAGGAACCUGCUGAUCUGAGCAAACAGUUCCCAGAAUUAGCAGAGGACUUCCAUGUCCCACCUUUCUUUGACGCCCACCAGUUUUUCUCCAGUGUCUUCCGCAUCAGCUCCUGUGGUCUUCAGCUGUGGACACACUACGACGUAAUGGAUAACCUUCUGGCUCAGGUGACAGGGAGGAAAAGAGUGGUUCUCUACAGCCCCCAGGACGCAUUGCACCUUUAUUUGAAAGGUGACAAAUCAGAGGUAGUAGAAAUUGACUCGCCGGACCAGAACUUGUUUCCUGACUUUGUAAAGGCAGCGAGAUACGAGUGUACGCUGGAGCCUGGAGAUCUGCUCUUCAUUCCCGCGCUGUGGUUCCAUAACACCCUUGCACUGCAGUUUGGUGUCGGUGUGAACGUGUUCUGGCGCCAGCUGCCUGUAGACCGCUACGACAGAAAGGACUCUUAUGGUAACAAAGACCCAGUGGCUGCAAGUCGAGCCCUUCAAGCACUGGAGCGAGCGCUGCACCAUCUGGAUGAACUGCCACCUGAGUACCGCGACUUCUAUGGACGUCGAAUGAUUCAGCAAAUACAGAAGCGGACCUUCGUUGGUUGUCCAUCAAGCACAAGCACAAACACAACAACAGCCAGCAGUCCGUCCAUCAAACCUGCAUGACUUGUUAGCACACCACAUUGGAUUUGUGAAAUAUGAAGAAAAUCCAAGGAAUUACUAACACCAUUCUUACACAAAACUCAUGCUUGAGUAAAAGUAAAGAUACCUUCCAGGAAAAUGACUUGAGUAUAAGGCUUAAUGUAGCUGCUAUUUAUUGUACUUCAAAGUACGCUCACUAAAAAUGUGCUCAAGUAUUCAAAGUAAAUGUACAAGUAAAAAGUAAAAGUGUUUGUUUAUGUAGCCUCAGAUCAUGGGUCGGGAAACUUUCUAGCUAAGAGAACCAUGAAAGCCACUUUUAAAAAUAUGUACAGUAUUUCCGUGAGCGCCAUAUACAUUUUUUUUUAACACCAAACAACCGAAUAUGUGUAUUUUUAAUCAAGACCAACAAUUUUAGAAUAUAAUAAGUCUUAAGUAUAUUAUUUUUGAUAACAUUGUUAGACUGAAGCUAACCAAUAAUAAAUAAAAUGGUUCUAACCAUUAAUGUGAUUUCUGGUUCCACAUGGUUUUGCAACGUACUCCGUAUCCUUCUUUUUGCCAUCUUGGUCAAAAGGGUUUGCUCUGCAGAAUUAGCUAGUUAUUUGGUGAAAGGAGGGAAGACCCCAGUAGGCGAGCGCAUUAUCCAAUAAUAAUAAAGUUUCUUACUUUCUGAACUCCUACUAGCCUCUUUG